AUGACACGACAACGGGCCAUUGUGACAACUGUCAUCACGGCGUUACUCAUUGACCUGCUGGCAUUCACCAUUAUCCUACCAUUGUUUCCUCGUCUCCUGAAUUACUAUCGUGAGCAAGAAAGCGAUGAGGGGACGCUACUCAGCUAUGCACUUCAAGUGAUGGAGCAUUAUAAGGAUUGGAUUACAGCAUCCAAAAACGACCGUGGCGACAAGUGGGAUACGGUGCUAUUAGGAGGAUUACUAGGAUCGAUGUUUUCAUUGCUUCAGUUUUUCGUUUCGCCUAUGAUUGGACGUGCCAGUGAUCGUAUGGGACGACGCCGCGUUUUAUUGUUGACCAUGGUUGGCAAUUUGCUAUCUUCUGCCAUGUGGAUAUUUGCACAAUCAUUUUCCAUGUUCUUGUUGGCUCGUAUUGUUGCUGGAUUGAGCGAAGGCAACGUUCAGCUUAGUAUCGCCAUCAUUUCGGACGUGACCGAACCAGAGAAAAGAUCCAGGCAUUUGGCUUUAGUGGGUAUCACUUUUGCGGUUGCGUUCACACUGGGACCAGCUAUUGGUGCGUGGUUUGCGUCUGUGGAUCUCAGCCAGCUUCAUCCGAUAGCAGCAGAGCGACUUGGCAUUUAUCCAUAUUCAACACCUGCCUUGGUAGCACUCGUCCUUUUGUUGAUUGAAACAGUGUACAUUUACUUCAAGCUACCAGAAACCAUCAAUGUGCAUUCGAAUACAAGCAAAGACUCCGAUGAAACCAGCACACAACCCGUAUCCGAUGCACUUGAUAUUGACACACGACUCGCCAAUUUAAGACGACUGAAAUGGAUUCAUGGAUUGCACCUGUUUCUAUUUUCGGGCAUGGAGUUUACUUUGGUGUUUUUGACAUUUGAUGUGCUCGACUAUACCAACAUGCAACAAGGCAAGCUAUUGGCAUACAUGGGUAUUCUUUCAGCCUUGUUACAAGGGGGAUACGUACGUCGCAGAGUCCAAAAGCUCGGUGAAAAGGCAUUGGUAUUACAAGGCAUGGUAUCCUGCACAAUUGGCCUUGUGUGUUUGGGUGUAAUGUCAUCAUCCUCUAUGUCAACCACAAGCUCUGUACGAUGGCUCUACGCAGGUGUUUCUUGCUUGGCGUUGACAACGGGCACGGUGGUGAAUUGUUUGACAGGGCUAGCAAGUCUACAAUGCCAAGAUGACAAGGCUAAAGACACCCAUCCUUUGCUGGCCAAAGGUCGUGCUCUUGGUGAAUUCCGCAGCUCUGGUCAAUUAGGUCGUGCUCUCGGCCCAAUAUCAGCAUGUGGGUUGUAUUGGAUUGCUGGUCCUCAACGAUGUUAUGCAGCGGCCGCUUUCGGUAUGGGUCUAAUCACUAUUUUGACAGCAGCAGCAGCACCCACCACAAAACAUACCACCAAAGCAAAGAAUGAAUGA